AAGGAAAAAACUGCGAUGAAUUCAAGUGUGUGUAAUCCACAAAUACGACCAAUCAUAGAAGAGAUGAUGAUGCGCAUCCGUCCAGAAGAGGAGGUGAAGAUGAUACGGAGACGUGUGGCUAUGAGUGAAAUGAAAAAGAAGUCUGAAUCUGAUGAAAAAAAUUCAAAGGAAGAAGAAAGGUUAGCAUUGCUAAGAGAAUACAGAGCAUUAAAAAUGGAAGUCCAGGAAAAGAAAGCAAAGGAAUUAGCACAAAAGGAGAGGAUAGAAUCUCUUAAAAGAGAGAUCAAAGAAAAACAUCAAAAAGCUUCAAGUUUGCUACAUGAAAUUCGUGAGCUGAAUAACCUAACUUUGACUGUGAAAGCAGCAUCUCAGCAGCUUGAGAAUGGCAUGAAGCUAAUGUGUGACAGUAAUUGCAUCGCAUCGUACAGCAAGAAUGCUAAGCAGGAGCAGCAGUCUUCACCAUCAGAAACUCCUUCCGUGGUCGAAAAAUUUAUAGCAGAACAGGAGGUGGUGAUUGCAAAACUCGCGGAGUCUCGCAUCUCGGCACCACCUGAACCGACGCCAGAUGUAGGAUUGUAUGCUGAACUGAUUGAGGCAGAAGUUCAUAACGUAGCCCUGGAAAAGCAGUUGAAAGAGAAUGAAUCUAAUAUUGAACUGGCCACUGAAAGUCUGGUGCAGAAUACUAUGAAAAGUGCUCAGAAGGAAUUAAUGAAUUUAGCUAGCGAUUUGUCUCAUAGCUGGCACAAUAUUGAGAAAGCAGCGGAAAAAGCUAGAAGGAAACGUUCACAGGUAGACAUAGAAUGCAAGGAAGCACCAAAUCAUCUCACAGAACUAAUGAACCAAUUGAGAAGAGCUUCAGCAGAGGAACUUAAAGCUUUGCAUGAAACCAUGGUAUCACUGAUGAACAGAGAUUCUACUUUACAAGAGACAUUGGACUUUGGUACAGCAUAUAAUGACUUGUUCUAUAUACUGGAUCUUGUGGCGCAAAAGAGGAUGGCAAGACAUGUGACACUAAGUUUACCUGAAAUGUCUAUCCUCGCAGACGAUCCUCGUUUAGAGCAUCUCAUUGGCAUGCACUCAGAUGAAACACGUGAAUCUGAAAGUUCCAACAAAUUCUCAAAUACCUGUGAGUGGAAUCAACAUAUGGAUGCUUUACUGUCUAAUAAUGAUCAACUGGUUCAAUCAUUAAGAGACCUCAUUGCUGUAUGGUGGCAACAACCAUUUGAGACAGGUGUUCCAGAAGAUAUGGUUGUAAAUGGAAAGAACAUAUUGCAGCAUACAGCACACUGGGAUCGUGUAACAGCUUUCGUGGAAAGAAAGCAAAUGAAGGAAUAAGUUGUGGGGAAAUCAUAUUUGAAAAUUAGGAUUUACAAAUUUAUUUAUAGAUAACUUUUGUUAAGUAUUAAAACAAUAUGAAGUUUUGUUCCUCUGUUAACUUGCAAGAACCUGGUUGAGUUAUAGCUUUUUAUACGUUUAUCUGUGCAAUAUGUAAAUAUGU